UAAGUAAAGUCAAUGAACUUGCGAAGAAGUUUGUACUGUUUGUACGCCGGUGACGCCCGCAAAUCCGCGUAUUUGUGUUUGUACGUGAACCUCGGAUAGAGUAAGCAGUGACUGUUUGUGAAGCACAAGCAUCGUAUCUCCAAAAUUUCGUCUGUGAAAGGCGGAAAGUGACCCGAGUAUGCUUUGGGCACGACGUCGGGUUACCGGAAAGCACAUGGCGGACUACCCUUGCUCCUUUCCGAAGUGACGGCUGCCUGAAUGGCCUCUAGCCAUUAAGAAUGGGCAUUCAAGCAUUGCAAAGGUUUAUUGAAGCAAACUGUCCAGGGGCUUGCGUCCCGGUCGAUCUGCUUAAGAUCGCCCGUACGGCUGCAGUGCGCCGGACACGCCAGCCCUACCUUGGAAACCGGCUCUGUUUAGUAGUUGAUGGAGAGUGUUGCUUAGAUCGCCUCUAUGGGGGUUAUUUUUCGGACUGGGUAUGCGGGGGACAGUGGAACCGAAUGGUGCAGUUCCUCUCCGUCUUAAUCCAAACUAUUCAGAACAACAACAUAGAAUUGGCCGUCUUCUUCAAUGGGAGCUUGGAGGCACAACGAAUGGACGAAUGGGUGCGGCAGCAGCAGGCGGAGCGCAAGAAAGUGAACCAAGUGCUGAAACACCUUGCUAUGAAGGCUACUCCACCUCCAAAAGUUUGGUGGAUUGCACCUGUGGGACUCCGCACUUGCUUGCGUAUGGCACUCCGGCACUUGAAUGUCACCGUUAUGUGCACGAUGGACGAUCACCAUCAAGAAGUGAUAGCGUUCUGUCGGGAGAACGGAUUUCACGGACUCAUGGCAGAGGAUGCAGAAUAUGCUAUUUUUGAUCCUCCCCGCUAUUUUUCAUCCGAGCAGCUUAAACUCACCUAUAAGGGUUCCCUAGAGACCAAAGAGUUCAUCCUGGACCAAGUGGCUCGAAGCCUCAACCUGCAUCCUAAUCGCUUCUGCAUACUAGCUGCUCUGCUAGGUAACUAUCUGCUCUCAGAGGAAGACCUGGCUCCAUUCCACCACACCCUUUGCCCAGAGCUCAAGGGAAAGGCCAUUCCCGCAGAACGGCUCAUCCCAGCUGUGGUAUCCUUUGUGCGUUCCCUCCCUGCUGGACCAGACGACUUGGAAGCAGUGGCUAGUAAGGUUUUUCCCGGAGAGGCAUGGGGGCUGCGCCAACGUUUCCGUCACUGCGUCCAGUAUUACCUGAAUGGAACUCGAGAUGGAUUCCUACGGUAUCGUCCCACAGGUCAGGGUCGUCGUCAGGAAUCUGGCAGCUACCCAUCACAGCUGCCCCCCAUCACGGAACAGCCGUUGGUCAAUGGAAAUGACACACCAAAUGACGUUCUAGGCAAGGAAAGUGCCACUCAAGUGGUCACCAAUGGAAUAGAAGCUGCCCAAGAUGAACAUGUUGAGAACGACGUCGCCCAGGUUAACGGGGUGGCCUCCUCAAUCAGCAGCACGUGUAGCCCCGGAGGACGACAAAGUCCGGCAGCUCCACAGAGUCCCAAAGAGCAGAACAGUCCCGGCAGCAGCCCAAAGACACAGGUGCAGACAAUACCCAAGCUUCCCAAGGUUCCUCCAGAAGUGAUGCGUACAGCGAGUGAACGCCACCAGAAAGCCCUGAUGUCGCCUUGGAUUUACCAGCUACUCUCCCAGGGUGAGGUAAAGCUGCCCGUGGCAAUCGAAGAGGAAGUUCCCAGGGAGAUUCCCCAAGGGGCCAUGUUGUUCCGGCCACUGCGGCAAAUGGUAUACGCAGUGUUGUUCAACCUGCAUCAUCUGGUGUAUGUGGCAACGCGCCAGAAGUCAACUAGCAGCGAGAUGCCUUCCGUGGUGGUGCAUGAGUGGGUGGGAGGCAGCAGCAUGGCUGUGGAAGCAGUGCAGCUAAGCUGGCCUGUGCCUACAGUGCAGCGCCUCUGGUUGGGUCCUUCGCUCGACGACAAGAAGUGCAGACUACGGGCUUUUCUGACAUGCAUGCGCAGUGAUGUGCCUCUCAUGCUCAACACAGCCUAUGUGCCACAACACUUGCUUAUCAUGUGUUGUGUUUUGAGGUACAUGAUGUCCGAAUGUGAGAAGCCUAUCCUGCGCAAACAAGAGCUAGAUGCUUUUCUGGCCCAGGCAGUAUCCCCUCAACUGAUGAAUGCACAGUGCACUCAGAGCAUGCAGCUGCCCCUGGUGUCCGUACGAGGCAGUCAGCUUGCAUCGCUGUUCCUACAGGGAGUGGAGAACGCUCUGUUUGCGAAUGACGCCUGUGGUGCACCCGUGCCUUGGCUCAUGUGUUGUCCGUGGCUUUUCUUUGAUGGUAAACUCUUCCACCACAAGCUGCUGCGGGCGGCAGCUGCAAAGAGCCUCGUUGAGGUGUGCAAUGGCCAAAUUGAUCAAGUAGCCAAGGUUGAGCGCAUGCGCACAGCCAUUCUGGAGGGACUUCAGGUGGAAUUUGCCAGGUCACCGCUCCCAUCUACUGCUGCCAAUCGUCUGGGAUGUCCAAGGGGGGCCCUCUUAGCCCGAGGAGGGCAGCUGGAAAUUGCAGGCGUAGUCGUCGGAAGCUGGGGCGCUAACUAUGGCCAGACUCAAGUUCCGCCUGCCAGAUGUGGCAUGGGACGAGGCAUUCUGAUGCGGCGACCAUUACCUAGGAGGCCUGGCCUUGCGCAGUUCAAUCGUCGUGCCAAGAAAAAGAGCCCCAAAAGCAAAGAUGAUGGAAAAGGUCGUGGUUGUACAAUUGAAACGGAAGACAAGUGAGUCCUUUCCAGGGGCUUCCCUGCUGUACACUUCUGCAUGCUGCACCGUGCAAGUUGGAGGCUCUGUGGAGGAGGAGGAGGAGGAGGAGUAAAGAGUGUGGAGGAUUUCUGCACCAUGUUGAGGACACAUGUAUAGCACCUGUGACAAGUGAUUUUUUUACAGGGUCUCAAGCACAGGAGGACAUUUUUAUUGUAGUGUCUGUGUAAGUGAAGUCUCCGGGAACGGUGGUCUCUGUUUUUGGCAACAACCCAUUUUUAAAGCAUCUUGAAAUCACGUGAUUGCUUAGUGGUGCAACUUUUGAGGCUCGGAGUCACGUACCCCUGCACCACACAUACCCGAUCGGAGGGGGCGCACGUUAAACUGCAAACCACCAGAGGGCUUCAGUUCAGGACUUUGCUUUAUGUGCAGUGUGGUGUUUUCUCGCUAAUGGAAUAUCAGACGAAAAUCUGCACUUUACAGACAUCCUGCAGGAAGAGUCCCAUAGGUAUUAUUUAACGUAAGCUGUUUUCCUUACUCGAAACGUGUAAUGGUUGCGCCCAACAUGUGUGCAUGUUGGCGUUACAGAACUCUUAGUAAACAUACACUACCUGACCAUUUCCAAUGCUUUUGUCAGGCCGUUCAUUGUUUCUUGUGGAGAAUAAAACCCUGGUCUUGGA